GGUUGUGUGAUGACGUGUCAUGACUUCGAACCCCGUUCAAAGAUGCCCGGCCAUUCUGAGGGUGAACCAAAAGCUUGAUGAUGUAAAAUUAUCAAUCUUUAACUGCGAGAGACAGAAAGACAAAUGCAUUUCAAAAGACAUGUUACUGGUCUAAUAUUUUGUUUAUUUUAUGUAGUAUCGUAUUUCACGAAUAAGGUGAGUUUUCGCUGGCUUUCCCACAGAUACAGGCUAGUCAGGCAAACAGACCUACCAACAUCAAUGCUCUCAACAACGGUUGCUUGAUUUAUCAGUGAUCAAUUAUUGAUUUUAGCUGGUUGGCAUGCAAGUAUGUCGCUGUAUCAAAGAUAAAGAAAGCAACGAUGUGUGGCUGUAUUCUAACAUUGUAACAAGACCUCAGCCUCUUCCGGGUUUUAAACCGCCGUUCAGCGCUGUACAGUUGAGAUGGCAGACUUUUAUUGGGGGCCUGCUGCUUCUGCUUUCUGGGAAACUUGGAUUGGUGGAUAUAAGUGGCUUUCCCAGGUCAGCAGCACUUUCCUGGCUUCCGGGAUCCCUCCUGUUUGUAGGGAAUAUUUAUGCAGGGUCCAGAGCUCUUUCACGCUUGCCUAUCCCUUUCUUCUUCACUCUUCACAAUGCUUCUGAAGUGGUGAAUUGCCUGAUCCUGAAGUUAACCCAGAUGGAGCGAAUUCCAUGGAUGAAGCUAUUAAGUGUGAGUCUGCUGUUGAUGUCGGCCAUCAACCUCCCCCUCUAUGACCCUCAGUUUGACCCUGGUGGUUACAUGUGGGCCCUGGCACAUCUCUUCUGUGUUGGUGCCUAUAGAGUGUUCCAGACACACUUCAAGUCCAGUCAUUUGAGUGACCUUGAACAACAAUACAUCAACUAUUUGUUCAGUGUGUUGCUGUUGGCCUUUGCUGCACACCCUACUGCGACUACAACCUCAUACCCAGGAAGACUUGACGCUACAGGCUUGGCACACCUGUAUUUGAGGAGUUUCUCUCAUUCUUCUCUGCAGAUCCUCUCAAGCUGCCAGGUUGAAUGGGGAGUGUUGCUGCACAGCUAUUUUCAGGUCUCUCUAGAGAUGUUCUAAUAGGUUCAUGUCCGGGCUCAGGCUGGGCCAAUCAAGGACAUUCAGAGAUAUGUCCCAAAGCCAAUCCUGCAUUGUCUUGGAUGUCUGCUUAGGGUCAUUGUCGUGUUGAAAGGUGAACCUUUGCCCCAGUCUGAGGUCCUGAGCAGGUUUUCAUCAAGGAUUUCUCUGUACUUUGCGCCGUUCAUCUUUCCCUCGAUCCUGAAGUCUCCCAGUCCCUGCCUCUGAAAAACAUCCCCACAGCAUGAUUCUGCCACUACCAUGCUUCUGCCACUACCAUGCUUCACCGUAGGGAUGGUGCCAGGUUUCCCCCAGACGUGACACUUGACAUUCAGGCCAAAGAGUUCAAUCGUGGUUUCAUCAAGCCACAGAAUCGUGUUUCUCAUGGUCUGCGAGUCCUUUAGGUGCCUUUUGGCAAACUCCAAGCGGGCAGUCAUGUGCCUUUUACUGAGGAGUGGCUUACGUUUGGCCACUCUACCAUAAAGGCCUGAAUGGUGGAGUGCUACAGACAUGGUUGUCCUUCUGGAAGGUUCUCCCAUUUCCACCUCCCUGACCAAGGCACUUCUCCCCGAUUGAUCAAUUUGGCUGGGUGGUCAGCUCUUGGAAGAGUCUUAGUGGUUCUAAACUUCUUCCAAUUAACAAUAAUGGAGGUUACCUUCAAUGCUGCAGAAAUGUUUUGGUACCCUUCCCCAGAUCUGUGCUUCGACACAAUCCUGUCUCGGAGGCCUACAGACAAUUCCUUCGACCUCGUGGCUUGGUUUUUGCUCUGACAUGGACUGUCAACUGUGGGACCUUACAUAGACAGGUGUGCGCCUUUCCAAAUAAUGUCCAUGUUUAUUUACCACAGGUGGACUCCAAUAAAGUUGUUGAAACAUCAA